AUGGCGUCUCUCCUGUAUGCGCUCGACCCCAACGCGCACGCCUACCCAGACCCCCACGCACCCUCCCCGCCCGACCCAUCCACAUCUGCCACCCUCGCAAACGCCACCCACUUUCCCCCACCCGAGCCCACCCCGCCCCCCAUUCCAUAUCUCGAUGUCUUCACCCCCGACGGCUACUUCCGCCUCCCUACAGCACCCCCAGCUAAAGACGCUGAUCGACCUCUCCCUUCGUCCACCGCCUCCACUCCCCGCGCGGAUUCUGUAGCCUCCUCCAACGCCGCCACUCCCACCCACUCCCCCGGUCCAGAUCCAGACCCAGAUGCAUCGCAGUCGAUGCACGCAGACACAGAUCCAGAUCCGGAUCCCCAAAAGCAUGCAGACACCCCGCCGACCCUCUCGCGCGCCCUCGCACUCGGCACAUCCGCCCUCCUCACCCUCAUCGAGGCCGAAGCCGAGGCGGCCGCCGCCAUCGUGCGCGGCGACCUCGCGGACGCGCGCGCGGCGCACGACGCCGAUGUCAAGGCGUACACGCACGCGUGGGAGGAGGUCGUCAAGGACAAGAUCAAGGUCGAGAGCCGCAUCCACCUUCUCGAGUAUCAGUUGAAGCACGCGCUGAGGGACCCCGAUGCGGAGAGGCAGAGGCAGUGGGAGAAACAUGUCGAGAAUGCCGAGGCGGAGAUGGAGAGGGAGCGUAAGGCGCAGUGGAGGGCCAUCGCGAGGGUGGUGAGCGAGUCUGGGGGGAGGCUGAGGAAGAGGCAGGGGAGUGGGGAGAUUGUGCUCGAGGUCGGCGAGCGGUGGGUCGCGCUUUUGCGCGGAGAGGCGGUGGGCGAGGGAGAGGACCAGCCGAUGCAGCUGGACGAGCACGACCUCGACAAGGACGGCCACGUCCCCCUCAGCGCCUUCCACACGCAGCUCGCAGAGCACCUCGCCGCGCUCUCGGACGAGCGCGAUGCGCUCCAAACAGAGCUCGACGCGCUCCGGGGCGAAGACUCGGCCGCGCGCGAAGGGCGCGAGGCGCUCGACGCCCUGCGCGCUAAAUACUCCGAGCUCGAGGCAGCGCACGCCGAUCUCACCGAGCGACAUACCGCCCUCGAGACAUCGCACACCGCGCUCCAGCGCGAACACACCUUGCUCGCAGACGAGCACCGGUCCAUGGGCACGCAGCUCGCCUCGCUCGCCUCCUCUCUCUCCUCUACCCAAUCCUCCCUCGCCACAACUCAAUCCUCUCUCUCGGAAACACAGACCACUCUCUCCUCCACCCAAUCCACCCUCACAUCCACACAAACGCAACUGGACACGCGCGACGCGGAGCUCGCCGUGUCCCAAUCUAUCGCCGAAGACGCGCAAAAAGCGCUCGAAGAAGCGCUCGCGGCGAAAGACGCCGCCUCAGCCAACCUCGAGCCACUCGAAUCCUCCCUUGCAGAUCUAUGCGCGAAGCACGCCGAGCUGCAGACGGCGUACGCCGAGCUGCAAGCUCAGGGCGGUGCUGAUGCCGAGAAGGAGAAAGAGAUCGAGGAGGCGAAAGCGAAAGAGAAAGACAUGCAACGCACCGUGGACCACACCAAAUUCGCGUUGCUCGAGAUGAUAGCGCGUCUAGCCCGCGCACGCGAGAACGAGGACGACGCGCGUGUGGCUCUCGCUGCUGCCCAGGACGCGAAGCGGGCGCUGCAAACUGCGUUAGAGCGCACGGCGCGCGCGGCGGAGGAGGGCCUGGGUGCGGCGGCGAGGCGCGAGGCGGAGCUAGCUGGAGAGAGGGAUGCGGCGUUGGAGCGCGCGGAGGGACUCGUUGGUGAGCGGGACGCGGUCGAGGCGAGGGUGAGGGAGGUCGAGGCGGAGGUGCAGGCGCUCACGCGGACUCUGGGCGAAGCAACGAAACGCGCGGAGGAUCUCGCACUCGAGAGGGACGGUGCGAGAGCGCGGGUGCGCGAGCUCGAGGCUGCGCGGGAGGACGACAAAGGGAAGAACAAGGAGGAAAUGGAGGCGCUCAUUCUCGAGCGCGAUGCGGCCGUUGCACGGGUGGCCGAGCUCGAACGCGAUCUCUCCGUCGCGCGCGGGGAGAUGGACGAGGUCAAAGACGCGCUUGGGGCGCUCAGGGAGGCUGCGAGAAAGGAGAUGGACGAGGUCAAAGACGCGCUCAGGGAGGCCACGGCCAAGGUCGAAGGUGCCCUCGCCGCCGAGCGCGCGCAGGCUCGGGUGGUGCGGGAGGCGCACGAGGCGCUGCAGACCCAGCACUCGACGCUCGAGCGCGAGCUCGACGCGGAGAAGGCCGACAGAAAGGCGGAGCUCGGGAACACGCUCGAUGCCGCGCGCGAGGUGCUAGAGGCCAAGGAGACGCUAAUCACCUCCUUAAAGUCCUCGCACACCGAGACGCUCGCGGCCCUCACCGCGCGCCUCGACGCGUCCGAAAAGGCCCUCGUGGACACGACGGAUCGCGCACAGGCGCUCGAGCGCGAUCUUGCGGGCGCCCGGGGCGCGCUCGCGGCGAAGGACGCGCAGAUCGUCGCGUCGGCGGAUCAGCGCCUCGCUGCGCUCGCGGACGCCACUGCGCGGCUUGCCGAGUCCGAGCAGUCCCUCGCGGGUGCCCGGGCGCGCGCGGAGGGGCUCGAGCGCGAUCUCUCCGCCGCCCGGACGGAGAUGGAAGCCAUGGAAGCUCGGAUCAAGGCGAACGAGGACGAGCGGGCCGCGGAGCUCGGCGAUCUCGCCGCGCGGCUGGAUGUGGUGCGCCGCGAGCUUGGAGAGGAAAGGAAGCAAGUGGGAGAGCUUGAGCACGCGCUAAGCGAUGCGAAGCGGGAGACGAGGGAAGUGGAGGAGUCGUUGGGUGCGUCGCGUGCUGAGGCGCGGGAGGUGCGGGAUAGGGCGGAGCGCGAGGUGAGGGAGAUGCGCGAGGCGAGGGCCGCGGCGGACGAGCGCGGGGAGCGUGUCAGGGUGCUCGAGGGGGAGUGUGGGGCGCUCAAGGAGCGUGUUGAGAAGCUGGAGGCGGAGGUGGCGCGUGCGACGGCGCGUGUGCUGGAUAUGCAGCGCGAGGUGGAGGAUGCACGCGCGAGCGCUGUGCAGGCCCAGGUUCAAGCGCAAGCUCAGGCCGACGCACCGCCGGUAGAGUCCACCGCAGCCCAAACACAGAAGGACGAAGCAGAAUCAGCACAGCUACACAACCUCGUCGAGACACUACGCACACAGCUCUCCGCGCUCGAGAGCCAGCUCGCAGACACGAAGGCGCAGAACGCGGCGUUCGCCGCCGAACGCGCUGCCACGAUCGGGGAGCUCGGGCAGCUGCGCGCGCAGGCGAAGGCGUUGACCGUCGAGCGCGCCAAGGUCCGGGCGCAGGCUCUGAGCGGGGCGAGCGGCGUGAAUGGCCAUGGGCAUGCGAAUGCGAGCGGGAACGGGAGUGUGGGGAGCAGUUUGACGAGUGUGGGGAGUGCGGGGAGUAGUGGGCUGAGUGUGGAGAGGAAGGCUGCUGUUGCUCGCCGUUCGAACGGGGCUGGGCAGGGUAAAGACAAGGAGAAGGAGCAUCGGAAGGUGAACGGGACCCAGGUCAACGGUAUUCGUUCAAACGCAAAACCCAAACCCAGCACCGCCCACCGCCCCCGAUCCCCGUCCAUCAUGCUGCUCGACUCCAUGCCCCCCUCCGCCUCCCGCCCGAGCUCGCCCCCUCCACCCCGCCGUGCGCGCGCUGGAGUCGGACGCACAAAACCCCCGAGCUCGAGAAAACGCCCGCACCCGCCCGACACGUCGGACGCACACGACUCGGAGGCGGACGCCGACGGGGACACGGACGACGAGGUCCGUUCGGUGCCGGAGAUGGAGGGGCAGUCGGCCUCGCGCUCGCGAGACAGGCGCCGAGACCGCGCGCCGGCGAAGAAGCGCGCGCGGAGACGCACGCCUUCGUCUCCGUCUGAACUGUCGCGCUCGCGCACGCGGUCUGAUCGCAUGAACCCGUCGGAUGACGACUCCGAUCCGGACCAGGAGCCGGACCAGGAGCGGGAUGAGAAUGAGAAUGAGGACGUGGACGCGAGCUCUUCCGAGCGCUCGCCGUCCCCGCCGCGCGGCAGGAACGGCGCCAAGUGGUUCUCGCCCUCGCCGCCGCCGCCGGACGCGAUCAACGACGCCAGCGCCAGCGCGCGCACGCGCUCGCGGCGGACGAGGCAGGGUGUGGCUGCCACCGCUGUGGCUGCAGGAUCCGGUUCUGGUUCUGGCGUUGUCGCCGGCGCUGGUACUAGUGCAGGAGCAGGGGCAGGGGCAGGAAAUACGGAGGGCAGGAAGGGUAUGCCGAAGCCGCUGACGGCUGGGAUCGUGCCUGUUGGGCGCACGGGCGGGAGUACGGCGUCGAGGAGGGAUAGCAUGAAGGGGGCGGAUGCUAGGGGCGGGGGGAGGAGGUAGCGCAGCAGUCGUGGCUCAUAUUUCCGUUUUAUGUUUUUGUCCUUUCUUUAUUUCUGCUCUGUGCUUGUUUAUUGGUACUUGAUGCGGUUUCCUUUGUCGCGGGCAAGCAUCCUAGCAUUAAUCAGUUUAACAUCGCGUUCAAUUUUUGCGAUAUUACGUUAAGAUGCAUGUGGGUACGAGUUCUUAAGCUGUAGCUACAGGAUUCUGUGUACUCUAUACGUGGUGCUUUCCUGUUGCAAGGGAUGCGUCUAUUCUGAACUCAAUGUCAG